AUGACCGAGGCGAUUAUCAAUAAACCUGAUUCCGAACGCGCCAUCAGUGGCAUAGCACGAAUGAACUAUCUCCAUAGCCGGUAUAUCAAAGCCGGGAAGAUAUCGAAUGACGAUAUGUUGUAUACACUCAGCCUCUUCGUUCUUGAGCCUGUUAGGUGGACUGCCAGAUACGAGUGGCGAACUGUGACAGACUUUGAGAGAUGUGCCAUGGGUGUGUACUGGAAGGAUAUGGGCGAGGCGAUGAAGAUAUCAUACGACACCCUACCUUCAGCGAGUCACGGAUGGCGUGACGGAUUCCAUUGGCUCGAGGAGGUAGAAGCAUGGAGUUUGGCAUACGAGGCUCAGAACAUGGUGCCUGCCGAUACGAACGCGACGCUCGGUCGUGGUACUUUCGAUGUCGCCCUAUUCAACGUACCUUCCGCUCUCAAGCCUUUCAGCUUUACGGUGGCGCAUAUGUUACUCGAGCCACGCUUGCGGAAAGCUAUGAACAUACCGCAACCCCAUGCCAUCUACUACCAAUGUCUAGAAACAUUGGUCGAGAUUCGCAAGUUCUUACUCCGAAACUUCUUCCUCCCUCGCCCGUACUUCCUACGCCCGGACUGGUUCACAGAAAUCGACGAGCGCACUGGCCGCGCCAAUGCUGGCCAAUACAUUGAUAGACCGUGGUACGUCAAGCCGUCGUUUAUGAAGAGGUGGGGUCCAAACGCGUUGUUACUGCGACUAGUUGGGGGUGUCGUCCCAGGCGACGAAGGAUAUCAUCCAGAAGGAUAUCGGAUUCACGAACUUGGUCCUUCAGAGCUUGUGGGGAAGGGUGAUGCGGAGAUGCGAAAUACGAGAGAUGAGUUGAGAGCGAAGAGGAAGUGCGUGUUCUCUCGCUAA